GUCUCUGGCCAUCUGAGGAAGUGCUGGCUUACUACUGCCUGAAGCAUAAUGAAACAUUCAGGGACCUUGCUGUGUGUGAGCUAGGGGGUGGCAUGACAUGCUUGGCUGGGCUCAUGGUUGCUAUUUCUGCAGAUGUCAAAGAAGUUCUGUUAACUGAUGGAAAUGAAAAGGCCAUCAAAAAUGUAAAUGAGAUCAUCAGAAGAAACCAAAAUGCAGGAGUAUUUAAGGCUCAGAAAGUGUCAAGCUGCAUUUUACGAUGGGAUAAUGAGACAGAUGUCUCUCAACUGGAAGGACAUUUUGACAUUGUUAUGUGUGCUGACUGCCUGUUUCUGGACCGGUACAGAGCUAGCCUUGUUGAUGCAAUAAAGAGAUUACUCCAGCCCAGUGGAAAAGCAAUGGUAUUUGCUCCACUCCGAGGGAAUACUUUAAACCAGUUUUGCAAUCUAGCUGAAAAAGCUGGUUUCUCUAUCCAAAGACAUGAAAAUUAUGAUGAACACAUUUCGAACUUCCACUCCAAGUUGAAAAAUGAAGAAAAAGAUACAUAUGACGAAAACCUCCAUUACCCUUUUCUUCUCAUUUUAACCAAACACAGAUAGAAGAUGACUUGUUUGUAUGUUUGUUUUAAGAUGGACUACAGAAAUAUAAUCCAUGUAUAUGGAUGGUUGGGAGUAGGGAGGGUUCAGUUCCCCCCCCUAUUGUUCCUGAGACAUCAUUAGAGAAAUAUUUCUAAUGGGGGCUUGUUUCACAGUGUGUAAACAUAGAGACAUCUUUUUGUAUCAUUUCAGAACUUAUUUUUUCCAAUUAUAUUCCAGCUUAAAACUGAUCUGACUUUAUAUGUAUCCAUUAACAAAGGUGUAACACUCGGUUCCUUCUCUUUUGUGCCUUUAACCUUCCUUGCAUGUACUUUGUUAAUCUCUUUAAAUGUUAUUUUUGGAAUGUAUUUGAAAAUAUUUGAGCAAUAUUCUUUGUCGGCUU